AUGUGGCUGUUGAUUGCAAUCCUGGUUUUAACACAAGCACCCGUGAACUCAGAAGAUGUCAUCAAGCAGAAGAAGGUUAUAAAUCCCGAGACUUUCAUGAAUGUUAGCCAAAUCAUCUGCCACAGAGGGUACCCCAGUGAGGAGUAUGAAGUCCUGACUCAUGAUGGUUACUAUGUGAGCCUCAACAGGAUUCCUUAUGGAAGAGCAAAUCCUAGGAACAGAGGGCCCAGGCCAGUUGUGAUUCUGCAGCACGGCUUACUCGGAGAAGGCAGCCACUGGGUCGAAAACCUAUCUAACAACAGCCUUGGCUUCAUACUGGCAGACUCUGGCUAUGACGUCUGGCUGGGAAACAGCCGGGGGACGAGCUGGUCCCAGCGACACCAGCACUUUUCUGCUGACCAGGCUGAAUUCUGGGAUUUCAGCUUCCAUGAGAUGGCAAUGUAUGACCUCCCAGCCAUGAUCAACUUCAUCCUGCAGAAGACUGGACAGAAGCAGAUCUAUUACAUUGGCUACUCCCAGGGCUGCACGAUUGCGUUCAUUGCCUUUUCAUCCAUGCCAGAACUGGCUCAGAAAAUCAAACUGUUUUUUGCCCUGGCUCCAGUAGUGACAGCCAAACAUGCCAGAAGCCCCAUCAUGAAACUGCCCUUCCUUCUAGACAGGCAUUUCAAGACGAUCCAGCUCCUGCUUGGCAGAACGGACGCCUCGCUCCGGAUGAGGAAGCUGUGGAGGUUUCUCCCCCAGCUCUGCAGGAACCAGCUCCUGCACAAGCCUUGUGCCAACCUCCUCUUCCUGCUGGGUGGCUACAAUGAGAAGAACUUCAACAUGACAAGGCUGGAUGUGUACACAUCCCACUAUCCGGAUAGGACGUCUGUCAAAACCAUGAUACACUGGGCCCAGGUAGUGAAAUCAGGAGAAUUCAAAGCCUUUGACUAUGGCAGUGCAAACCCAGCCAUCUACCACCAGGAGACACCUCCCUUGUACCAUGUGGAGGAGAUGCCCGUGCCCACCGCGGUGUGGUCAGGAGGAGAAGACUGGGCAGCUGACUGGAGAGACGUCCGCCUGCUACUGCCCCGCAUCGCCCACCUUGUCACCUAUGGCCACAUCCCCGACUGGAACCACUGGGACUUCAUCUGGGGCUUGGAUGCCACCGAACGCCUCUACAACAGCAUCCUGGCGCUGAUGGAGGGGUCUUAG